CCGAAACGGACGCGUAAUUGUGACGUUUUUCUGCGUCUUUCUAUUUAAAAUUCAUCUCGCGACGCGCCCGGGCGCUGGUACGCGACAUUUCGUUUUGUUUCUCGUCGUCGUUCACCGGGUCGUUCGCAGGACAAUAACGUUUCGGUUCUCGCGCCACAAAAAAUGGUCAACAGGUGCUGCAUCAAAGGCUGCCGGUCCAGAGAAGCCCAAAACAUUAAGUUUCACAGAUUUCCUAAUGGCGAAGUUGGUGAUUUGUGGUUGGCUUUCAUAAAGAAGUACUACCCUAUGUUCGAAAGGACAAAGUCCUCACAUGUAUGUGCUGUUCAUUUCAAAUUAGACUCCGAUUAUGAAAAUAGAAGUAACAUUUAUAGCGAAAACAAGUUAUUGAAAAGAACUGCUGUGCCUAGUUUUAUCAGUCCAAUACCUGAAAGAAAACUAUUUAAAAAGUCAGAUUUAUUAGCAUCUAAGAAGCGUAUAAGACGAAAAAUGAAUAAAAUGCCAUCGUCCGAUUUCAAUUCUGAACAGAUUAUUGUGCCAACCACACAGAGUUCAAAGAAAAUGGAUGUUCAAAUUCAAUGUAACAGUACUGAUCAAACUAAUGUUCUACCUAGUUUUAAUAGUAACUAUCAUAGAACAUUAUUUCCGUGGUCAAAUGUAUUACCAUCCGACGAGGAUACAGGAAGAAAAACUAUAGAAUUAUCAUUCAAUUUGAAUACUAAACCAUAUAUUGUGCCAAGCACACAGAAUUCAAAGAAAAAGGAUAUCAACAUUCCAUGUAACAAUAUUAAUCGAACUAAUGCUCUGUCUAGUUCUAAUAGUCACCAUCAUAAAACAUUAUUUCCAAUAUCAAAUUUAUUAGCAUCCGACAAGGAUACAGAAAGAAAAACUGAAGAAUUAUCAUCCAAUGUCAAUUUUGAACAGAUUUUUGCGCCAACCACACAGAAUUCAAAGAAAACGGAUGUUCAAAUUCCAUGUAACAAUAUUAAUCGAACUAAUACUCUGUCUAGUUCUAAUAGUCACGAUCAUAAAACAUUAUUUCCAAUACCAAAUUUAUUAGCAUCCGACGAGGAUAUAGAAAGAAAAACUGAAGAAUUAUUAUCCAAUUUCAAUUUUGAACAGAUUUUUGCGUCAACCACACAGAAUUCAAAGAAAACAGAUGUUCAAAUUCCAUGUAACAGUAUUAAUCGAACUAAUGCUCAGUCUAUUUCUAAUAAUAACCAUCAUAAAACAUUAUUUCCAAUACCAAAUUUAUUAGCAUCCGACGAGGAUACAGAAAGAAAAACUGAAGAAUUAUCAUCCAAUUUUAAUUUUGAACAGAUCUGUGCGCCAACCACACAGAAUUCAAAGAAAACGGAUGUUCAAAUUCCAUGUAACAGUAUUAAUCAAACUAAUGCUCUGCCUAGUUUUAAUAGUCACCAUCAUAGAACUUUAUUUUCAAGUUCAAAUUUAUUAGCAUCCGACGAUAAUACAGAAAGAGAAACUAUAGAAUUAUCAUCCAAUUUCAAUUUUGAACAGAUUUUUGCGCCAACCACACAGAAUUCAAAGAAAACGGAUGUUCAAAUUCCAUGUAACAGUAUUAAUCAAACUAAUGCUCUGCCUAGUUUUAAUAAUCACCAUCAAAGAACUUUAUUUUCAAGUUCAAAUUUAUUAGCAUCCGACGAUAAUACAGAAAGAGAAACUAUAGAAUUAUCAUCUAAUUUCAAUUUUGAACAGAUUUUUGCGCCAACCACACAGAAUUCAAAGAAAACGGAUGUUCAAAUUCCAUGUAACAGUAUUAAUCAAAAUAAUGCUCUGCCUAGUUUUAACAGUCACGAUCAUAGAACAUUAUUUCCAAUACCAAAUUUAUUAGCAUCCGACGAAGAUACAGAAAGAGAAACUAUAGAAUUAUCAUCCAAUUUCAAUUUUGAACAGAAUUUUGUGCCAACCACACAGAAUUUAAUGAAAAACGAUAACAAAAUUCCAUGUCACAGUAUUAGUCAAUCAAAUCAAUUAAUCAGUAUUAGUCAAACUAACGAUGUGCAUGAUUUCAAUAGUCCCUCUCAUAGAACAUUAUUCCCAAGUUCAGAAAUAUUAACAUCCAACGAGGAUAUAGAAAAUGAAAUUGUAGAAUUGCCUGCAUUAAAUUUGAAUUCUACACAUAUUUUUGUGCCAAUCACACAGAAUUUAGAGAAAAUGGAUAUUGAAAUUCCCUCUCACAGUAUGAGUCAAACCAAUGCUUUGCCUAGUUUUAAUAGUCUAUCAUUAUUCCCAACGUCAGAUGCAUUAUCAUCUAACGACGAUGCAGUAAGAGAAAUUGCAGAAUUGUCAUCAUUAAAUUUUAAUUUUGAACAAUUAUUUGUGCCAAUUUCACAGCAUUCAAAUGCUGUGGAUUCAAUUCCUUCAAAGUCUCCAAGUCCACUUUUUGUCGAUGGAGAAAUACCAAUGUUUUUACAUACAUUUAAAUUAGUUAUUCAUGUUUGGUUGGAUAGCUAG